GGUUAGUCUUUUGGGUGUGAAACUCCCAGCCCGUGACACGAUGCAAUUUUACAUACAAUUGAUCUCAUGAAAAACAGACGAGUACAUGCAAUUGUGGGUACCUUGACAUGGCAGGAAGCCGCAUUAGUUAAUGAAAUGGAGAACCCUGGUGAAACAGUACCUAUUGUUUAAUUAGGUACAGCAGCUAUAAGCCCAUUUAAACUGUCAAUACCAACACGGCGCGUGAUCCAUAUGGGUGAUGAUAUCUCUAUGCAUAUGAGAUGCAUUGGAGCCAUUAUUGACUACUUCCAGUGGCAAAAGGUGACAGUUAUAUAUGAAGAUAGAAGUUCUUACACAGCUGAUUCGAGCAUCAUCACCCUUCUUUCUGAUGUGCUUCAAGAUAUUGGUGCAGAGCUGGAGUGUUUCUCAGCUUUCCCUGUACUUUCUUCUCUUUUAGACCCAAAAACCACCAUCCAGGAAGAGCUGAGGAAACUGAUGAACAAACAGAGCAGAGUUUUCAUAGUUGCUCAAGCAUCAUUGUCAUUUACAGCUCUGCUGUUUGAACAGGCAAAACAAUUGGGAAUGAUGGAUAAAGGUCAUGUGUGGAUUAUCUCAGAUGGCACCACCAGUCUUCUUGAUUCCGUGAAUUCAUCUUUGAUCACCUCCAUGGAAGGUAUUCUCGGUUUCAAAGCAUACUUCUCAGACUCUACUGCAUCAUUCAAAACAUUCAAAGCCAGGUUCAGGAGAAAGUUCCUAUCAGAAUAUCCUGAUGAAGAAGAGAACCCUGACCCUAGUAUCUUUGCUCUUCGAGCGUAUGAUGCAUUUUUAGCCAUAGGUAAGGCCACGGAGAAGAGAACCCUGACCUUAUCAUCUUUACUGUCAAAUAUUUUAUCAAGCAAUUUUACCGGUUUGAGCGGUGUAGUACACUUCAGGGACAACCAUAGAAUAAUGCGGAUACCUGCUUUUCGGAUUGUAAAUGUAGUUGGCAAGAGUUAUAGAGAAAUGGGAUUUUGGUCACCAAAUUUUGGUUUCUCAAAGAAACUUAUCAAUCAUUUAGAUGAAAAAGAAGAAAGCAACGCGUCUUCUGAAGUACUAGAUUCAGUGUUUUGGUCAGGUGGUAGUUUUUUGGUCCCAACUGGCUUGAUGAAGUUGUCUCUUUCGGUUAGCAGUGGCAAACCUCUGCGAGUUAUGGUACCUGUAAAUUCCAAUUUCUCUGAAUAUGUGACGAGCUCAGUGACGAACACCAGCCACUUCUCCGGCUUAGCAAUUGAUAUCUUCAACGCAAUUGUAGAACGUCUACCAUACUCCUUAGCUUAUGAGUUUAUUCCGUUUUCUGAUGGUUCUUAUGAUCGGAUGGUGGAAAUGGUUCAUCAGAAGUAUAUUGAUGCAGCUGUCGGUGAUAUAGAAAUAACAGCAAAUAGGAGCCGGCUUGUAGAUUUUACACAACCGUAUAUUGAUUCAGCGCUUGUGAUGGUGGUAACAAUAAAAACUGACAAGUCACAGGAGGCUUGGGUGUUCAUGAGGCCUUUCACCAAGGGGAUGUGGUGUCUAAUGGCAGCAAUGAGUGUGUUUACCGGCUUUGUUGUCUGGUUGAUUGAGCACAAAACUAAUGAUGAAUUCAAUGGUUCACCUGUGCAGCAAUUUGGAAAAGUUUUGUGGUUCUCUUUUACAACACUCUACCUGGGCCAGAGAGAUUCACACGGUAACAAUUUAUCAAGGCUUGUGAUGGUGCCAUGGUUGUUCCUGAUCCUGAUUGUCACUGCAAGUUUCACUGCAAACCUCACUUCCAUGAUAAUUACUUCAAGACUUGUUCCAUCUUCAGUAGAAGUUGGAUAUUUGAGGAGUACAAAUGCAGCUGUUGGGUGCGAUGGUGGUCCUCUCAGCCUUGCCUACUUACAAAAUGUUCUGGGUUUCAAGGCAGAAAACAUCAGGGUCAUGUUUUCAGUUGAUGAAUAUGCAGAAGCUCUAACAAGCGGAAGGAUAGAAGCAGUUUUCUUGUUGAGCCCUUACGCCAAAAUUUUGCUCGUGAAAUACUGCAAGCGCUUCACUUUAUCAGGACCUUCAUACAACCUUGGUGGUUUUGGUUUUGUAUUUCCAAAAGAUUCUUCUUUGUCUUCAGACUUGUCAGAGGCAAUCCAAAAUUUGACUGAGAGUGGGAGUCUGCAACAGUUAGAGGAUCAGAUGCUUUCACUUCUCAAUUGCUCCAUUUUAGAGACUGAUAGCACCGGAGACCAAAGCUUGGGACCUACACCUUUCUCAGGCUUAUUUAUUCUCUCAGGUGGUGUUUCUGUAGUUGCAUUGCUUAUUAUCAUUGCUGGAUCAUUGAAAGCCCACUUUCAAAGAAUGAAUAACUUCCAAGUAACAUUAAUGGAAACAAGAAUUUGGAGAUUGGCAGCAAUGGUACUAACAAAAAAUGGCAUUAGAACUGCUCCAACUUCAACUUCACAAGAAAACUCUGCACAAGCGGCUCAACAAAUAGAUGACAAUAAGGCUCUUCAGCUCGUGAAGAAUAUUAUUUCUAAUGCAAUAAUCACCUCUACAACCAUCACCACCAUCUGAGAACCAGAUCCACAAAAAGAGGUGAUGAAAGUAAAUAGAAAUUGGAGUUUAGAAGAAGAAAAUAGAAGGAAACAAUUGAGAUGGUGAUGAAAGAAAGAGACGAGGAGCUGGCUUUGUUUCUUGAAAUGGGAAGACGCGAGAAGGAGAAAAGUAAUCUUCUUCUUCUUCUUCACAACUCUGACGACAUCAAUAGUAACAUCAGACCCUUCUUCAAUCUUCACAACUAAUGGAUAAGCUUCAUAUCCAACAAGCCACAUCAACAUUUUCAAGUUGGCCCGUCAACAUUUUGCUAUCUAAUGGA